CGAGACAACAGAGGGUGAAUUCUCCCUUCUCCCUUAUUUGUUAUUUUCUUGGUUUUCUUGUAAAAAGCCAGGUGCGGAUGUGCGGAACUGCGGACGCCGCCAACAGCAGAUGUUUGUCAGACAGUCAGGCGUCUUGAAAAACGAACAACUGCCUCCUAAUUUUCGUCAAUUUUCUUAAUUCAAUCCUAAAUUAUCCAGUUUUGAUUCCCGUUGAGACUGCUCUUCAUAGCCAGCAAUUAAUUUUCAGCUCGAUGACACGAAUUUUGGUAUCUGGCAAUUCCAAAGUUUAAUUUCUCCCUUGUCCAUCGUGUAAAGAGGGAAAUAAAAUUGUGGAUUAAAACAAAAAUAAAAAAAUCACCACGCUGUGUAAAAGUUGCUGCCCGGAGAAAUGGACGUCAAUAAUUACUGCGACUAUCAAAACAUGAGCUCAACUCAGAGGUCCGAGCUUGCAAACAAAAUUCGAUUAAGACGAAAUUUAGUGGCUUUACCUGAGAGUUUAUUCAAAUUGUCAAUCAAAGCAGUCUUUGCCAAUCGUGACCUUUUCUUCGACCAAGAGCAAAAUCCAUUCAGAUAUUUGCCUUGCUCUGUAAUCCAAGAGUUCCUCGCCUUGAUUGCAAAAGAGAGACACCCCAGAGGAGGACUUAUUCCAUACGCUCUCGAGACACAAUUUGUUCUGAAGCUCCUGAACCCCAAUGUUACCCAACUCGACCUUGGCAAAUUUAGACAGAAUAUCCAGUCGGAGUACGAAAUUUACAGGCACCUGGUGGAAAACUGUCCCAAAAUAGCUAAGAUUAUCAGGACGCAUAAAUUAAUUGACUUGGAACCUGUGUUCCCCAUGGAAGACCUGCGUCAGUGGAAAAAUCUGAAAUACAUUGGCCUGUUGAACUGUAUGUGCACCAACCUGAACCUGCAACAAAUACAGGAAGAAAUUCCUCUGCUUGUUGGAUUGGAAGUGUCUAUGGAAACCCUGACUGAAAAAUCGGUGGAGCAUUUUUCUAAAAUGCAGCACCUUCAACAUCUUGCCAUACAACCAGGGACGAGAGAAAAGUCGGUUGAUACUAAACUUUUGGUGAUGUGCGUUGGCAGCGUUCCAAAAUUGAAGACUUUCAAGCUCCAUAAUUUUGGUUAUGAUGAAAAUGAGGGAGAUCGAUUCAUAACUCUGUAUGGAGAAUUAUUCCCGAAAAAGAAAAUCACCAUUGACUUCAUAAGGGUGAGAACUCCUCUAGUUUUGUGGCCAGCGUGCUUGCACACCAAUGUCUUGGCUAUCGAGGAAGUCGAAAACCAAGACCACCAAGACGCUCUCGAGAACUUGGUAUCCAUGCCACUCCUCCCGAGAGAGGUUCGAGUUAAUAUCGACAGAAGUGUUGUCUACCCGAUCAUCAAUAAGAUAGGAAAGAAAAUCCGAGUAUUGACCCUGAGUGGUCCCUCUUUUGGCACACCUGCAAGUUUAUACAACAUUAUUGAAAAGUGUCCAAAUUUGGAAGUUCUAAAUUAUAACAAAUUAGUCCAAGCCCAGUUUGAAGAUGUUUACAGACCUUUGCCACUGAGCUACUUCAAAAAUUGGAAAAAAUUUUCUAUGUGUGACAUCGGACUUUUACAGGACAUCAGCAAACCUGAUUUUGAGGAUAACACGAUCACCAAUUUUGACCGUAUAUUCAAGAUGUUUUUGCUCGGGACGGAAAAUUACAAUCGUAAGCUGGAGGUCCUGACCCUUGCCCAAAUCAAAAUGCUGAACGAAGCUUUGGUGGAAAGCCCGUUGUGCCUCAACAACUUGGAAGAAGUUUGCGUCAACAUGUACAGGACCAGCAUUGUGGAGCCUGCACUCCAAAUGCUUCAAAGUCUGAUCUUCCGCUCACCUUAUCUCAAGAAAAUUGUGGCUUGCAUUUCCAGCUUGGAUCGUGUAGCUACUCACCGAGUCCUCACAAAAGACCACAAAUGGUUCACCCAGUUGACGGGGGAGGUUGGAUUGCAUGUCAAAGUUGUUUACACUGGUUCAGUCUUACCAGAAUCUGACAUCUAUCUAGAUUAUUUACCAGCCAAAGAAUUGCCAGACGAGGAAAACGAGGUUGUAUCUGUUUAAUUUGGUUGCUAUUUUUUUGAGGCAAAAAAUUAACUUUAGAGACGAAGAGAAUUAUAAUUUAAUAACUAUAGUUAAAUUUUUUGGCAUGACAUUCCAUUUUCUUAUGCCAAAAGUUUUUCUUACACAAAAUAAAUGCUCAUGCACACUUUUGUAGCAGUUAUUGAUUGAAACGAACAAGUGUUUGACGUAUUAAUAAAAUUACCAAUUCGCAGAAAUGUUAUGCAGAAAUAUAUCGGACUAAAUAAAUUAGGAAUUCUUCUUUAAAU